AUGGUUAAAAAGUCUCAGCCGCCGGGUAGAACCUUUCAGCCGCCAUCACCGAACUUCCUCUCGUUCUCCAACCGGUGGAAGCUCCAAUCAACUCACAUCUAUAGUCGAUCUCGCUGCUGCCAAUUCUUCUUCUCCUCUUAUGUUAGACGUCGCCUGCUGCCAAUUGUUAGUGAAUUCAUCAGCCGCCUAGCUGCCAUUGGAGUCGGAAUAACCCGCCACUGUGUCGGGUGUUGCUUCUUGUGGGUGUUGUGUCCGUUACGGAAGUCGGAGGUUGAAGACGGAGCUGCCAUCGCUGUUUCUUGCUACUCGCAAGUCGUGGGCUCCUCCGAACGCCAUAUUCUAGCCAUCACGACAGCGCCGCUACUGCCUAACAUCCAACAAAGAAGAAACGCCGCCACUACGGACGUUGGUGCUGCUGCUGCCGCCUCCUCGUGUCACCAUCACCAUUGUAUGCCACCAAGUAGCCAGAAUUCUCGAAGAAUAGCCACAACCACCGCCUUGAGGUGGUGGCUGCCACCAUCUCCCACCACCGGCGACCACAAGGUGGCUGUGGUUCAAGGAAUACAAAACUAUAGUUGGUCAAGAGAAACUAUGUACAAAACCGUUGGAAGGACUAUUGUGGUUGCCAUGAAGGUUGAGCUAAGUCAUUGGCUUUUUCAUCUUGACGAUUACAUGUUUCAGGAGAAGACACCUGCUCUCCACUCAUAUUUUCUUCUUUCCCGAUGCACCAGCAUACAUGAGUUGCCCAUUAAAAUCCUCUAUGUUUCCCUCUUCUGCUCUCAGACAGAGGAUUCAUCGUUGAGGUUUGAAGCGGGUUCAUUGGACUACACCUCCACCUCAGCCUGCCUUCGUAAAUUUUUGGCCUUGAAAAGAAUUAUGCGGAGUCUGAAGAAUGAAGGUGCUUGUGCAAUGACUUCCUCCAAUCACCAAAAGAAAUAUGUGGAGGAUGUCCAAUACCCAAUUGUAAAAGCCACUGCGAUGUUUAUUAAUAGCUUCCACAUUAUCACUGGUGUCGACCAUGCAAGGGGAGAGCACAAUAUAUAG